AUGCGAUACUAUUCCAUUGUAUUACUCUCACAUACAUUGUUUUUUUUUUUAGGUUUUGUUACUAGUGUCUCUGUGAUUCAAUCUAAAAAGCUGCAGACGUUUGUACCAGGUCAGACAGUUACUUUAUCUUGCAACAUUUCUGAAUUUAUUGGAAAUCACUUCUACUGGUUCAAACAGUCUCUUGGAGAAGGACCAACUUGCAUUGUUAAUCAUUUUGCUGGCUCUCAGUCUGAAUUUUAUGGGCAUUUUAAAAUUGAUAAAAGAUUUAAAACUGAAAAGAAUGGUCUAUUUACUUUAACAAUUUACAACACAAUGUCAAAUGACACUGGCAUGUAUUACUGUGCUAAUCGAGAUUAUGAUGGCAUUGUUUUUGGAAAUGGAGUAUUUCUCACUUAUGAAGAUUUAAAGCAUCAGCAUUACAUUAAAGAAGUUGUAUCUCAGGACCAGACACAGAACAAUCUGAAAUGGAAAGAGCUUCUUCAUCCAGGAGACAAUGUGACUCUGCAGUGUACAGUAGUUGCUGAGAGCUGUGCAGGACAACACAGUGUGUUCUGGAUCAGACAGGGUUCAGGAGAAUCUCAUCCAGGAAUCAUUUACACUGAUGGAGACAGCAGUGAUCAGUGUAAGAACAGAUCUAAUGCUAGAUCUUCUACACAGAGCUGUAUCUACAGUCUCCCCAAGAGGAACCUCGGCACCGCUGAUGCUGGAACUUACUACUGUGCUGUAGCUACUUGUGGAAAAAUUCUGUUUGGUAACGGCAGUACACUUGAAUUUACAGAUAAGAUUCCUGCAUUGCUGAAACAUCCCAAGAUCAUCACCGACCCUGCACCAAAUUUCACAGUGGGUGCGAGACACUCUGGCUUGUAG